AUGGCAGACGGCGCGGACGACGAUUUGGAGCCGCUGUUUGAUUACCGCCGCGAGCAAGCAUGCCGCGACGAGAGCAGCGAUCAAGAAGAAGAGCCCGAGCACGACAACAUGAGGUUGUCUUCAGCCAACUUUACGGUGCGGCAGGCAACCGCGUCGCCUGCCACGACACAGCAGCAGCUGACGCAACAGCAGCGUCUAGUGGAGGAGGAGGACAGGGAGUGGGAUAGGAGUUGGUUACCUCCGCCGCCCAAGCUGACCAAGAAGGUGACAGCCACCACAAGUUUCCACGGCGUCAGCUCGCUUCUGAGAGCCAAGCAAGCGGAGCUGCUGUCCCUGUCGCAAAAGGCCUGCGAGGACAUUGACGAGCUGGACCGGCGAGCCAAAGCUUACACUCCUGCGCAAGCCGCGGACAAGAUCGUGGUUAGAGUCCAAGAUAGUUCCGGUGGCAUUCAGUGUAUUCGUAUGGGAAUGGAUGAUAGGCUCGACAAGCUGUUUGAUGCAUAUUCCACUGCCGCAAAGGUGUCCGUGUCGGGCUUGGUCUUUUGUUUCGAUGGCGAGCAAGUACAGGGGAGUGCAACGCCAAGAAGCAUGAAUCUGGAAAACGAGGACAUGUUGGAGGUGUCCGGGCAAUCAUGCUCGCGGGACAACAGCGACCACAACUCACAGCGACAGCAACAACAACAACAACAACAACACAAGAUCGUGCUCAAAGUUCAGGACAAGUCGGGCGGGAUUCACUCCUUCCGUAUGGGAAUGGAUGACAGAUUUGAGAGGCUGUUUGCUGCGUAUGCAAGCACUACAAAGACAUCCAAAUCGAACUUGGUGUUCCGUUUUGACGGGGAACAGUUGCAAGGCAAUGCCACUCCCAAGAGCCUGGAUAUGGAGGACGAUGACUCAAUCGAGGUGUUCGUCAGGUCUUAAAAAACGUGUAAAAGGUAGAAAGGGAAAUCAGCAGCACGUUAGGCGUGUCCAAAGGAGGUAACAUCUUGUUUGUUCACUCACAGGCUACUUUUCGUGGUGCUCUGUUAGUGGGAUGGGAUUUGGGAUUCCUCGUGCGUUCAUCGUCAAAUCCCUUCGCUUCCUUCCACCUGUGUGGAUCCCGUGCAUGCUACUGGUGCGUGGUGCUUGGUGACAAAGUCGUGAUAGUUGCACCAAAACUAAAGGUGAAUCACUUGGAGCACUGCGCACGACGAAAGGGACGGACAGCAUAGAAAGGACAUGGACAAGGAACGCCCCAGCUCCAAUUUUUGACAAAGCUGCUGUACCGAAUGAAGUGAAUCGAAUCAAGGAGAAUCGUUUUUCGCUGGUGUAAGUUGGUGGGGAGGCAACUAACUCUCUAAUAAUCGCUACGUAAACUUGUACGACUUGAAUGCAAAGCAGACAAGCAUCUCUUGCUAGAAAGCCUUGUCUAGCUUAUCCCAUGCC